AUGGGUAUAUUUAAUUGUUUUGUUAUUCUAUAUGAGUCAGUUUUAUAUGAACAGACAGAUGAUAUUGUUUCUUCACUUAUUGGACACCUGAAUGCAUCAUUCCUCUUCUUUCGGGACCUGUAUGGGCUUGAUGAUAGCUUGAUCUUUGAUACAUUUUUGCUGCCUCAUGCGGUUGCUAACUUGUCAAUGAAUGCAACAGGUUGUAAUUUAUUUUAUUAA